GCCAAAGGCACCUGAGAGACAGCAGGGUAGAGACCUGAGUGACGAGCACCUGUCCGCAACCAGCACAGUCAACAUCCAUAGGACACCAUGGCCUCCACACUGUCUGUGCGCAGUCACACUGUGCGUCCCCAGUCCUUCUCCAGCAUGUCUGUGCGGGACAGCGGCCGCAGCCUCCGCUCUAAGCCCAUGUCCUCCCUCUCUACUGUCAGCACUCUGUCCCGCUCUGUCUCCAUGGGCAAUGGGCUCAACAUGCUAAACUCUUUCAAUGGACUGGGUGUAGGUGCCAGUGAAAAAGAGACCAUGCAGGGCCUCAAUGACCGACUGGCCAACUACCUGGACAAAGUGCGCUCGCUGGAGCGGUCCAAUGCUGAGCUUGAGGUGAAGAUCAAGCAGCUGAUGAUGGAGAGAUCACCAAAGGGGCACGACAUAGAGGGGAUGAUGGCCCAGGCUCAUGCCAUUGGACAGGAGGUGAGAAAGAAGACCCUGGAGAACGCUCGGAUCAUGUUGGAGAUUGAUAACGCCAAACUGGCUGCAGACGAUUUCAGGGUCAAGUGGGAGGCUGAGGCCACUUUGUGUCAGUCCGUGGAGAGGGACUGUCAGGCUCUGAGAAGGGCCAAAUCUGACCACGACCAGAUUAUUGCAACACUGCGUGGAGACCUGGACAGCCUGAAGGAGGAGCUCUACUUUCUCAAGAAGAACCAUGAUGAGGAGAUGAGUUCUUUGAAGCUACGCCUGGCGAAUGAGCAGGUGAAUGUGGAGGUGGAUGCAGCCGCGGGUCCAGAUCUGGGUGGCAUCUUGGCUGAACUCAGGGUCCAAUACGAGGGCAUCGCUCGCAAGAACAAGGAAGAAGCUGAGGCCUGGUAUCUCAAGAAGUUGGAGGCAGUUCAGUCUGAGGUGAAGGAGAGCAAUGAGGCCCUGCGCUGUGCCCAAACUGAGCUGAGCGAGAGGAGGCGCUUCCUACAGGCUCUGGAGGUGGAGCUGGACAGUCUGCGCAAACAGGUGAAUGUUCUGGAGGGGAACCUGGGCGAGACGGGCCAUAAGUACUCUAUGGAGAUGGAGAGACUGCAGGCCACACUGACACAACUGGAGGAUGAACUGUCUCAGCUGCGUCUGGAUAUGCAACGUAACAAGACCGACUAUGAACAACUGCUGCGCAUCAAACAGAACCUGGAGAUGGAGAUUGCCACCUACAGGAGGCUUCUGGAAGGAGAGGAGAUAGUCAAAGAAACUCCUCCACCUCCUAAAAAAGACCCAGACGUGCGAACACGGAAGAUAGUCAAAGUCGUCACUCAAACUAUGAUCAAUGGGAAGGUGGUGGAUGAGUCAAGUGAAGUGGAGCAGAUUGAAGAACGCAAGAAAUAAGCCAUAUGUUUCAGAAACCAAAGAGUCAGCUGUUGGGGGGUUUUGUUUUAUUUUCUUGUUUAUUUUCUUGAUAUAUGAUUUAAGUUUGUAUAUCUUUGCCAAAAUGUACUAAAAUAUUUCUCAUUAAACUAUAGUUGCUAUUUGUAUGCAGUUCAGAUUUUACAGUGUGUACAUAAGGAAAUUGUUUGUCUGUUUUGCAUUUCUUAAAUAUUUUCCUUUUGUGUCAACACUUAUCUAAUUUCUGGACUUUUAGCAUUUGUUUAUAAACUAUUGUGUUGAAAGCUAUUAUGUUGUAAUGCCAAAA